UGGACCCUUGAAAUUAUCGGCCAAAUCGUGCGUUCUAUCAGUUUCGAGUCGAGUUUCAACUCAAGCAUAUAUAAAAGCAGCACAUACAAAGCAUGACACUCUCCAAACUCCAAAGCUUGAAGCUUUACUCAAAAUAUUAUAUACUGUCUGGUCUGUAGCUCUUAUCUGAUUAGCAGGCAUGGCUUCCAAACGGGUUCUGCUGCUUUGUGGUGACUACAUGGAAGACUAUGAAGCCAUGGUCCCCUUCCAAGCGCUGCAAGCCUAUGGUCUAACCGUCGACGCCGUUUGUCCUGGCAAGAAAGCCGGAGAUGUUUGCCGGACCGCAGUUCACCAGCUCUCCGGUCACCAGAGUUUUCAUGUUGUUGAGGGUGUUACAUAUUGGCUGGUUUCAGACUUAUUCUGAGACACGUGGUCACAAUUUCGCCCUCAAUGCAACGUUUGCUGAAAUUGAUGCUGCAAACUAUGACGGGCUGCUGUUACCGGGUGGAAGAGCGCCAGAGUAUCUUGCUCAUGAUCCUCUUGUUGUAGCACUGGUGAUCAAGUUUUUCAGUUCUGGAAAAGCACUUGCUUCCAUUUGCCACGGACAGUUGAUUCUGGCGGCUGCAGGUGUAGCUAAAGAUCGCAAGUGCACCGCUUUUCCUCCUGUUAAACCGGCAUUGGUUGCCUCCGGUGCUCAUUGGGUUGAACCAGACACCAUGGCAGCAACAGUGGUGGAUGGUAAUCUCAUUACUGCCGCCACGUAUGAAGGGCACCCUGAAUUUAUUCAGCACUUUGUGAAGGCACUAGGAGGCAACAUAAGUGGCUCCAACAAAAAAAUCCUCUUUCUUUGUGGGGAUUACAUGGAGGAUUAUGAGGUGACUGUUCCUUUUCAGUCGCUUCAGGCAUUAGGGUGCCAAGUUGAUGCAGUUUGCCCCAAAAAGAAGACCGGUGAAACUUGCCCAACAGCUAUUCAUGAUUUUGAAGGUGAUCAAACUUACAGUGAGAAGCCAGGACAUGAUUUUGCUUUGAAUGCAACCUAUGAUGAUGUGAAUGCUUCAAGCUAUGAUGCUCUAGUCAUUCCUGGAGGUCGUGCACCUGAGUAUUUGGCACUUAAUGAAUCUGUCAUUGCAUUAGUGAAGCAUUUUAUGGAAAGCAAGAAGCCAGUGGCAUCCAUCUGCCAUGGCCAACAGAUUUUAGCUGCUGCAGAUGUGCUCAAGGGAAGGAGAUGCACUGCAUAUCCGGCAGUGAAGCUGAAUGUGGUGCUGGGAGGAGCAAUAUGGCUGGAGCCUAACCCCAUAAGCCGCUGCUUCACCGAUGGAAAUCUGGUUACCGGGGCAGCAUGGCCAGGCCACCCUGAGUUCAUUGCUAAGUUGAUGGCACUACUUGGUAUUCAUGUCACUUUCUAAUGUGAUGUGAUCUUUGAAGCUUUGCAUAUGCACUUCUUGUGUAUUAAGGUAUUGUAUAUGAUGUGACUUAUAUGAGGGACUUGUACAAGGCUGGCUGAGAAUGAGAUCUCGUGUAUCUGAAUAAAAGUCUAUCUUUUAUGUGUAGAUUUUAUUAAUAUAUCUUUGAGCAGGAUAUCUCCGGUGACAACCAUGCAACGAUUUCCUGCUACAUCUUUCAGUACCAACAUGUCUUGUUUUGCAACGAUUGUUUCACAUGUAAACUAACAGUUUUA